AUGCGUCCCGUGGAUGCCAUGCUGCUGUCGGCGCGUGAUGCCGUAAGCGACAUUAAAUCCGCCCCCUCGACGUUUUCGAGUUGGCAUAAUUGCAUGCAAAAGGCCUACUGCAAAUGGCCAGCGAUCGUUGGUAUCAUCGUCGGUUCCCUGAUUCUUAUCAGUAUCGUCGGCUGCAUCAUCAGCUGUGUCUGCUGUGGUGUCCAAUGCUGUAGAGGAUGUUGCGGUUGCUUCUACGACUGUUGUGAAUGCUGUUGUGGAUCUUCUCGCCAUGGGGGAAGAUCCAAGUACGCUGAUCCUCCCGCUCCGUACUAUCAUCAACCCCCGCCGCCUCCUGCCAACAUGAACUAUGGGUAUCAGCAGUCGCCUGCACCGCCUGCGUAUAGAGGGCCUCGCACGGCACAGUUUGAUCAUCCGUCAUCUAAGGUCAAUGACGAUGCGCUGCCGGCGAUGCCAACGUGGGCUGACGCGCCAACAAGAAGGGUUAAGGAUACGAGUCCCGUCUCCGAGGAUGUCGAGAUGAAUCGGUUGGAUGCGCCGACUCAUGCAGGCACAGGCACGAUUCCCACGACAGGGAGAGUGUCCAGAGGGGGGUAUACUGAGCUUCCUAGCUCCGCUGCCAGUCCGCCGCCCGUCCAGGAGGGUUACCGCGGAGCUGAGCCGUCGCAUUUUCCCAAGCCUCCUAGUCCUCAAGCAGCAGGCUAUGGUCCUCGCGCCGCUCCGGCGCCCUACCGUGGGUUUGAGAAUCCGGGGCCGGCUCCGGCCAGUCGAGCGCCUAACUUCCACACUCCCAGGCCAUACGAUGGGCUUGCUCCGUCGUCGCCUACUGCACGGCAACCUCCUUAUCCGUCGUAUGACCAGCCACAGCAGCCACAGCAGACUCAGCAGCCUUACAACGCAUUGUCACCAAGCAUUGCUGCCCCGAGGAUUCCUUCCCCUCCAGCACAACAGCCUGCUUAUGCGGCGUAUGAGCCACAGCCGCAGCAACCGUACCGCGCAAUGUCGCCGAGGAUAGCUUCUCCGAGGAUCCCUUCCCCGGCACCUCCGACGCAACCUGCUCAUGAACAGCAGCCACAGCAAUCUUACCAGGCAUACUCACCGGGUGUUCAUUCCACUUCCCCGCCUCCUACGGAGGUCGCUCAGGAGACGAAUGACCGGCCCCCGAGUCUGCUGCAGGCGGGACGAAAGCCUGUGCCGAACUCGUGGAGAAGCGUUUAG